UUUUGUAACAAAACUAUCUUGGGACAGAAGGUGCCCUGCAAUCAGGGAUGGGCAGCACCAACGGAGCAAGGAGUUGAGAGAAACCUUUCACUAAAACAGCCUUGAAUCCUAGCGGUAGCAGUGGAGUUUGCCUUCAGAGCAGGUGCCGUGCCGUCUUCGUGGCCGCACGCAGUGUUCCGUAAUGUCGAAACGGAGGAUCAGAGCAGCAGCAGGAUACACAGUAUUGCAUUCCCGCUACUUGCUCGUCGUCUUGUUUGCGGCGGCCACGGCACUGCUGUCGGCAAACGGAAAGCAAACGGACCCUCUGUCCACGGGGAAUGGCACGGUUCUUGCACCGUCGAAACGUAUGGUGCCGGCUUCGGCCGGAGUGCUACCAGACAACAAGAGAGUGCUCCCGCCCGGGGGGAACGGAAAGACCCAGGCAACGUCCCCCUCGCCCACGACGUCAGUGACAUCGUCCCCGACGACGGCGGUGGCGACAACAUUGCCAACGGCGACAAGAUCCCCGUGCGUUGUUAGCGAUAGCACUCUUGGUUGUAAUGGACCAAGCAUCACGUCAGUUCCGCCAGGCAUAGGGAGACACGUUGGCAUCGCACAAUUAACCCUCCUGCGUACUAAAAUACGCUCGAUACCAAGCAUGGCAUUCUUCAAUUUCAGUUUUACCCGGUUGACCAAGUUGUCAAUCUGGAACAACGGCGCACUUACAUCUAUCUCCCCUGGUGCAUUCGCUGGCUUGCCAGAAUUAUCUGACAUGUCAAUCUGGUCCAACGACGUACUUACAUCUAUCUCCCCUGGUGCCUUCGCUGGCUUGCAAAAACUAAAAGAGAUCUCCCUUAGAUUCAACAAGAUGUUUUCUAGCAUUCAACCCGGCGUGUUUGACGGUUUAUCUCUGCUAGGUCAUCUAACACUGACUUAUAACAACUUAACUAGCUUGCCGGCAAAGAGUUUUCUCAACCUACCCAAGCUCACGCUCAUAAGCCUGGACCAUAAUUCCAUCGCGCACAUAGACAGCAGUGCAUUUGGUAACGUGCCCAUACUUUCCACAGUAUAUCUGCAUCACAACAAGCUGGCGGCGGUGACGAGUGGCAUGCUUGAUGGUGCUCAGUCGGUGAAAAGAGUGUAUUUUCAAUACAACAAAAUCUCCUUUGUGGAUCCAGCUUUUUUCAACAACCUGACGAGCUUGAUAUCCUUCUUUGUUAAUAAUAACCUCAUCAGCACACUAGAUGUGCAAACAUUCAGGACAGCGCUUAGCUUGGAAAACUUGGCUUUGAAUGCCAACAAGCUGUCGCACCUGCGCUCUGGACUGUUCACUGGCUUAACAAACUUAUUCCAUCUUGCCUUAACAUACAACCAGCUAACGAGCAUCUCACCCACACAGUUUUCUGACACCACCAAUAUGGGUCACUUGUCCAUGAAUCUGAACAAGAUAGCCAGGUUGGACGUCAAAACGUUCCAAAGCAUGUCUAAGCUUACCAGUCUAAAACUGGAAGUAAACAGUCUAACUUCUCUUCCCGAGGGUAUAUUUCAUGCGAACACAAAUCUCUUGCACCUUUCGCUUGCUCACAACAAGCUACUCAGCCUGCCCAAGGGACUUGUUGUACAGCAGUACAAACUGAGAGCGCUGGACUUGGCCUUCAAUCAGCUCGACUAUUUGCCUCUGGGUGUACUGCCUGACACCUCCGACCUCACCGUCAAUGUGUCCGUUAAUAACAUACGAUACAUACAAAGCGAGGUCAUUGAGCAAGCCACAACACUAAUCUAUGUAAACAAUCCAUUUCACAAUCACCUGCAGUACACAAGACCAGUGCCAGCUCUCUACUGUAACACAAAUAGUAUACUGAGGUAUUACGAGACUGGGGCGUUGUGCUGGUGCAAGAACAGUGAAAGGUUGGACAACAAUAGAUGUGUCAGCGUUAACACAUGCUCAGCGCCUUUGACGGAAAAAACGCUGUGUGAAGUCUUUCCGAAUCUUACUCGAUCAGGUUCUACGAUCAGUCAAUCUGUCCUUGGUGGUAUCUUGAAUCCACCGAUAACAACACUCCAGUUGAAUUUCUCGUCAUGCCCUCCGGGUACCGUUCUGACACCGAAUCCCUGCUAUGGAUCGGCACCUCCGCUCUCGGUACUGCACAACGCACGCAAGCAGUGCUCCUCCAGCGCCACGACUGCUUACAUCUGUGCAUGCCCGACGGACGACGUCACCCGCAUGUGUCAAGAACCUUUGCGGUGCGGAAGUUUUGGGACGUUUGGCAAUGGAACCAUCACGUACAGCAAUGCCAGUGGGUUCUUUAGCGCCGACUUUGCCUGCGCUAUAGGCUUCAAGAUGCAUGGCGCCGCUAGGAUCUCCUGCAACUAUCAAGGCCAGUGGUCUAGCCCCACACCGCAUUGCGUGGUUGCUGUAAACUGCCCAUCUCGAGCGGGCAACACGCUGGCAAACGGUAAACUUGUGGAGCAUGGACGCUCGUACAAAUCCAACGGCGUCCACUACCGCUGCAAUGUGGGCUUCAAGUUGGUUGGUGACCAUGUCGCUCAAUGCACGGCGAACGCAACGUGGAGUGCACCAUCACCAACAUGUGACCCUAUAUCAUGUCCAAGUCUUGGUUCUCCAUCAGACGGCCAAGUGGUGCUGAGCGGGGGAUUGGCCUACCGAAGCAUAGCUACAUACCAGUGUAGUGUCGGCUAUUAUUUGAAGGGUAACUCGAGCAGUUCGUGCCUGAUAUCUGGACAGUGGUCAUCACCUCUGCCAGUUUGCACCAUCAGAAAGUGCAGCAAUCCUGGCACCCCAGCCAAUGGUGGCAGAACAUUGAAAUCCCUCACCUUCGGCAGCAUUGCUGAGUAUACCUGCAACGUGGGUUACAUGAUCAGAGGUCAGAGAACAAGCACUUGCAACUACCAGGGACAUUGGUCAAGCCCGCCACCAACUUGCAACAGAAUCGCAUGCCCACCCCUGGUGCGUCCCGCUAACGGUGCGUUAAGAGCCAUGAGCGUGACAUACAACUCCACUGCAGUCUACACAUGUAACAGGGGUUAUACGUUGACAGGCUUCCGCCGGGCGUCGUGCUUGAGUUCGGGCCACUGGUCACAUCCCGCGCCGGCGUGCAUUCUAACACAUUGCCCUGCGGUGGGCGUGCCGAAGAACGGCGCCAAGUCUCCGCACACGUCCACGUACCUGAGCACGGUGCACUUCUCCUGUCACCAGGGCUUCAAGCUGUCGGGAUCCAGGCAGCAAACGUGCAUGGAGAGCGGGCAAUGGCAGCCCGAUAUGCCCGUGUGCAAGCCCGUGGCAUGUCCAGUACCCGCCAUACCACAGAACGGCUACAGGUCGGCCGGUCCUUUCUUCUUCCCCGAUCAGGUCAUUUUUGGCUGCAAUAGCGGAUACAGGCUGAUGGGCAGUACUAAACUAACCUGUACUAACCAUGGCAACUGGUCCGCCGCAGUUCCCAAGUGUCAAAGGAUCAUUUGCCCGGACCCUGGCACACCGCGGAACGCCACGAGAACACUGCAGGGCAAUCAGCACGAUGAUCUUGCAAUCUACGAGUGUCCGCACACGUACCUGCUGGAGGGUGCACGCAUCCUGAGGUGCACAGAGUCGGGUAACUGGUCAGAGAACCUUCCCGUCUGCAAAUCUCUCGUGGACCCACCACCGCAGGCGUCUCAGAGCAAUGGCAACAGCUCACUCAUGAUCUACAUUGCAGGCGGCUCUGCAGGCGUACUGGUCCUCAUCACUGGCCUCGUCAUCGCCUAUAGGCGAUCGCCAAUGAAGUUCCGCGCGCUACUUGCUCGCAAGAGCACUCCAACGGUGGAGAAGUCCAGCUCGUCACCGAUGAGCUAUAGCAACCAGCCGGCACCGACCUCCAAGUUGGAGAACAUCUACGCCACGUCAAAGGAAGCAGAGCUCACCUACCACAACGGUGAAGUGGUGGACAACACCAGGCUUGACUCCGUGUCGUCGACGUCGGCCGCCUGUGUUCGUCGCGACACGAUCAUCAGUCACGUCAAGUACUCCGGCCAGCCCAGCCUCUCCUCAAACGGCUCUGACUGGCCGCAUUCACUGGACCAGUACUCCACCUUGGAGCCGCCGGACCCGGACGGCAAGACCACCGUCGACAGCCGCAGAUGUUCGGCCGUGUUCGUAGGCGGCAAUCGCUCUCCCGCUCAUAGUCAGAGCGGCGGCUACGAGGCGUUCCACGCAGACGGUGAGGCAGGCGGUGGCGGUGAUUCGCGCCGCCACACCGUUCACACCGACCCGCAGCAGCAGCAGAAUCGGCGCACCUCCUUGACCCAGCACCAGGGCCUGGGUCCCGGCUCGAUGACCUCCAUCGGCAGCGGAUAUCCGCUGUCGCCCAGCCCCUCCAAGCUACAGCGGACAUCCGCGUCGGUGCGCACCAACCUGACCAUUUGCGAUGGUGGUGGCGGUGGCACGCGCCACAGCUCCUUCUCGCCGGGGCAUAACUUUCCCGUGUGGCAUCCACCGGAGGAGCUGUCCCCGACGCGCCGCUUCGCCCCCAGCAGGCUGAGGGCGUCUCUGAAGGCGGACAGCACUGCGACGUUCUAUGAUGACGCGGUCGAGGGCAGCAGUCCUCCGUCCAAGCGUAGUGGUGGCGGACCCAGCGGCCACGAUCCCAACGUGCAGCAUCAGGAAAUGCAGCACAGGGCUGAUGGGGACAUGCAGCAGCACAGUCGAGAGCAGCAGUCGGCGGCGGCGACAGCAGCCAUGGAGAAACUGGACGUGUUGUCGAGUCAGAACAUGAUGAAUGGCCGUCGAUACCAGCACGUCCUGACCAACGACGUCACAACGCGCUCGACGCGCAGCAACACCGUUGAGGAAUAUCUCUACGGCAACGGCCCCGACGAGGACAAUGAAGACGAUGCCGGCGAUUCGUCGAUGGCCCCGCUGCGGCUGGCGAGCAUUCCGGGCCAACCGGACGCACGCCGGUCGUCCUCGAGUCAUGACUGCAGCGUCAACAACAACAUGUCCAUGUACGGAGAGAUCGGCGAUCGGU